AUUGGAGGGAGUUUAAAAUUUGAAAAAAUAAAAUAAAAUAAAAUGGGGAUCUCAUAGAGCAGUGACCUGAUACUGAUAUCAAUAUCUGUUUGAUACUAUAGAUCAUGCUAUACAUUUUAUGUAUAUAGGAGGUAAAAAAACAGUGGAUUUGGGUGGGUAGUUGAUUCAGGAAUGCAUCGAAUCAAGAAAAAGAAUUCCAAAAAGAUCACGAAAUAUUUAUAUCAGUGAACCCCACCCCACACCCUUUGAUUUUAUCCCCUCUGCUGAUUCUUUCCUUGUUUAAAUCCCCCACACCCUACUCAAGAUUUCAUUGCAAUCAUUCUUGCAAACCAAUCCUCUGCAACAUCAUAUAUAUAGUUGAGGUUCUUGUCCUUUAAGGUUUGUGCCUAGAAAAAGGUUGUGUCUUUGGUGAGAAUUGUGGAGAUCAAAUGGCAACUUCUUCAAGGAAUGGGGGAGAUGAAUCACCUCAUGUACUAGCUGUUGAUGACAACCUCGUCGAUCGCAAACUCGUGGAAAAGCUGCUCAAGAAUUCAUCCUGCAGAGUGACUACUGCAGAGAAUGGAUUGAGGGCUUUGGAGUAUUUGGGGUUGGGAGAUGAACACAACACUUCAAAUGACAAUGGAUCAAAGGUGAAUAUGAUCAUCACAGAUUACUGCAUGCCAGAAAUGACAGGCUAUGAGCUGCUCAAGAAAAUCAAGGAAUCUUCCAACAUGAAGGACAUCCCUGUUGUGAUAAUGUCAUCUGAAAACAUUCCAACUCGGAUCAACCAGUGCUUGGAGGAAGGAGCCCAGAUGUUCAUGCUAAAGCCACUCAAACACGCGGAUGUGAAGCGAUUAAGAGGCGAAUUGAUGCAGUGCAGAGGCUAAUAAAGAUCAAAACAUCAUUGAUCUGAUAAACACUCUUUUAAUGUCUUUUUCAUUUCUUCCAGUUAGCAGUCAUUCUUUGAGUUUCUGAACUCUUGUAAGAUGAUGACAUAGCAUCAUUCCCUUUUGAGUUUAGCCAUAGUGGUUGGGACCAUCACUCUUGAAGGAAGAUGACAUAGCAUCAUCAUUCCCCUUUGAGUUUAGCCAUAAUGUUUGGGACCAAGAAUGAAAGGAACAUCCCAUUGGGUUCUCUUUC